AUGGAGGCUGGCGUUCUCAGAGGCGGCGGGGAUGGGGCGUCUGUAAGCGAGGGGCCUGAGUCCAGGCUGGCUGCCUUCAGGUUCUUCCGCGGGGCCCUGCUCUUGAAACAGCACUCCUGCCCCAGCGCUGGGGACCGCGACAGCCACGCCCCCCGGGAGCCCUGCAGCCCGGCCAGGUGUUCCCAGGGCUCGCGCACCUUCCCGGCUCAUCGAGGCGCUUUCUGUGCCGGGCCUGGGGCUAUCCCGAGGAAAUCGCACCCACACCCACUCCCAGAAAAAGCCACCUCCCGUCCCAAGGCCCCCAUCGGCGACAAGGGUGCGAAGGGUCUGUCGGCCGCCUUCCGCCGCCUGGAAGCGAAGCUGCAGCCCCAUCGCCAGUUUCCGCAUCCUAGUCGGUGCGUCCCCGGCGCCCGCGGUCCAGGCCCGAAGGCAGGGCGGGUCCACAGGCUUCGCCAAACUCCCUGGAGACCUUGGACCUUGACCCCUCAGGAAGCUGAGCCCACCAGAACUGGAAGUGAGCUUGAGCCUGGGGGUGAUCAAGAAACCUUUGGAUCGAAGGGGGCCUUUGGGUUUCAGCAUCCUGUCAGACUCUACUUGCCCAUUUCUAAGCGUCAAGAGUAUCUGCAGAGCUCCGGGGAGAAGGUGCUGGCCAGUUUCCCCGUGCAAGCCACCAUCCACUUCUACAACGACGAGUCUGAGUCAGAGGAGGAGCUGGAGGAAGACACCCAGCUCUCUGCCCUGCAGCUCGAGGAGGUGGUAGACGGCUCAGAGGGGAAGGCCAGAGACGGGUUGGCAAAUCCGGCGCGGCAGCCCGGGGGCCUCGAUGGGAGGGAUCCACCCUCCGACCCUGACUCCCCCGAGGCUGCUCCUUGCCUCUCAAGCGCGAAGAUGAUACCUCUGAAUAUGAGAAAAAGUGCACUAUACAGAAAUAUCACAGGGAGGAGGUAGAAGAAGAUGGUAGAGGAGGAAGAUGGGGAGAUCACCAGCCUCCCCACAAAUACAUCAGAAACUCAUCAAGAUACUGCAACAGCUCCUACAGCAGAAGACCCCAGGCCUCCAGAGGGGCAAGCUGAGCUCCUGGGAAUGAGAGAUCAAACCAAUAUUGUAAAGCAAUCAUCA